AUGUCACCUGCUCUCUCUCUCUCUAUCUCCAACUUCCCCAUCUGCAAAUCUCAAGACCUUUCAAAGGAAACCCACCUCCCUAAAACCACAAACAGAGAAAACCCAUGUCAGAAAAUACCUCUACACAACAAACUCAACAGGCGGAAGCUGUUGAAAACCACUGGCUUGGGCCUAAUAGGAGGAGCUAUAGCUCAACCUGCAAGAGCUGAAACAGAGGCCCCAAUUGAAUCCACUUCAAGUAGAAUGUCAUACUCGAGGUUCUUGAAGUACCUGGAUGAAGGUGCUGUCAAGAAGGUGGACUUGUUCGACAACGGGAACGUGGCGAUUGCUGAGAUACUCAAUCCGGCAGCACUCAACAGAAUCCAGAGAGUGAAAAUACAGUUACCUGGACUGCCACAAGAGCUGCUGAGGAAACUCAAAGAGAAGGAUGUGGAUUUUGCAGCUCAUCCAAUGGAGGUUAACAUGGUAGCUGCUACACUAGACUUGUUGGGGAAUUUGGCUUUUCCUUUGAUUUUGCUUGGCUCUUUGCUCUUUAGAACAUCUUCAAAUGCCCCUGGAGUGCCAAACUUGCCGUUUGGACUUGGAAGAAGCAAAGCCAAAUUCCAGAUGGAACCCAACACUGGAGUGACAUUUGAUGAUGUAGCCGGAGUUGAUGAAGCAAAGCAAGAUUUUCAAGAGAUUGUUGAGUUCCUAAAAACCCCAGAAAAGUUUACUGCAGUUGGGGCCAGAAUUCCUAAAGGAGUGCUGUUAGUAGGGCCACCCGGGACCGGGAAGACAUUGUUGGCUAAGGCCAUUGCAGGGGAAGCAGGGGUUCCUUUCUUCUCUCUCUCCGGUUCGGAGUUCAUUGAGAUGUUUGUUGGUGUGGGAGCUUCAAGAGUGAGGGAUCUAUUCAACAAGGCUAAGAUGAAUUCGCCAUGUUUAGUUUUUAUCGACGAGAUAGAUGCUGUAGGAAGGCAGAGAGGAACCGGCAUUGGCGGUGGAAAUGAUGAAAGGGAGCAAACACUUAACCAGCUACUCACAGAGAUGGAUGGGUUCAGUGGAAACAGUGGAGUCAUUGUCGUUGCUGCUACUAAUAGACCUGAAAUUCUUGAUUCAGCUUUGCUUAGGCCUGGAAGGUUUGAUAGACAGGUGAGUGUUGGACUACCAGAUGUGAGAGGGAGAGAAGAAAUACUAAAGGUACAUAGCAAGAACAAGAAGCUUGACAAGGAUGUCUCCCUUAGUCUUAUUGCCAUGAGAACCCCAGGCUUCAGUGGUGCAGAUCUAGCAAACCUCAUGAAUGAAGCGGCGAUUCUUGCAGGUCGGAGAGGCAAGGAUAAAAUCACUUUGAAAGAGAUCGACGACUCAAUUGAUCGAAUUGUAGCAGGAAUGGAAGGAACCAAGAUGACAGACGGAAAGAGCAAGAUUUUAGUGGCUUAUCAUGAAAUUGGGCACGCCAUUUGUGCGACACUGACUCCAGGACAUGACCUAGUACAGAAAGUCACACUCAUUCCUCGGGGCCAAGCUCGUGGACUGACAUGGUUCAUACCUGGUGAAGAUCCUGCUCUCAUCUCUAAGCAACAACUAUUUGCUAGAAUAGUUGGAGGGCUUGGAGGCCGAGCAGCCGAGGAAGUGAUUUUUGGCGAAUCAGAAAUCACUACCGGUGCAGCAGGAGACUUGCAACAGAUUACUCAGAUAGCCAGACAGAUGGUUACAAUGUAUGGAAUGUCUGAGAUUGGACCUUGGUCAUUGACUGAUCCAGCAGUACAAAGCAGUGAUGUGGUAUUGAGAAUGCUAGCAAGAAACUCAAUGUCAGAAAAGCUCGCAGAAGACAUUGAUGAAUCGAUACGAACUAUUAUUGACAGUGCAUGUGAAAUUGCAAAGACGCAUAUAAGGAACAACAGGGAGGCGAUUGAUAAACUAGUGGAGGUGACAUUAGAGAAGGAAACUCUGACUGGAGAUGAAUUUAGGGCUAUUCUCUCAGAAUUUAUUGACAUUCCGUUGGAAAACAUAAGCAGAAAACCUGUCCGCGAAAUGAUCGAAGCCUAAGCAACCCUUUAAGUAUAGUUAUUAGCUAGUUUAGUUCAUUUUAAAAUACCGUAAAUACAAGGACAGUAUAGUAAAGCAGUAUAAAAAGGAACAGUUUUUGCAUGAUGUUUAGCUCUAUGUAACUUGGAAUAAAAGCUUGGAAUGUGACAAGCACUUCCAAUUGACUAUGAAAUCAAAUGAGUAACGCAGUUCACAGAAUUGGAAUUCAUUGUUUAGUUGAGGAAGACAAGUUCAUUAUCAGAGCUGGUAAAAACGAGCUUGCAUAUACAAAAAAAAUGGUUAGAGGGACCAGUAGAGGCAAUCAAAAUGGAUGAGUCUAUCAUGACAAAGAAAAACACGUGAAUUUGUAUAAAGAUUUGUGUGUGUGUGUGUAGGUUGCAGCCUGUUUCUGAAACAUUCAUUGAGAUUCAUGAAAUAAUUCAUUCCACUGCAAGGACUUUAAAGCUCCUUUGUUA